AAGCUUCAAAAUUUAACCUUAUAUAUAGAAGCCUCAGGACACCUUACUCAAAGCUUUCUUUAAAACACCAUUAUGGGUUCUUUAGCGGGUCAUGUCGCACCAGGCAUAGCCUUCGUGGUACUUGGCUUGUGGCAUCUUCUGAAUCACAUCAAGCUCCAUUCUCUCAACUCUACUUCCUUCACUUCAUCUCCGUGGUUUCCUUGUGCAAAAAUAAGAUAUAUUGAGCUUUACUUGAUUAUGCUAGCAACCUCCAUUUCCAUGGCGAUUGAACUUGUCAUAGGUCCUCAAAAACACCACCCUUUUGACACCGAUGGCACCAUUCCUUCAAACCAUCUUCGCAACUUUGAACACGCAACAAUCUCUCUCACUUUCUUCACUUAUGCAGCUUUCGCUGUUAUUCUCGAUAGAAUGAGCUGCAAAACUCAGUUUGCCCUAACACAGUUCAUCGGCGCCAUCGCCUUCGCCCAGGAACUUCUUCUUUUUCGUCUUCACUCAACUGAUCACAUGGGGGUCGAAGGCCAUUACCACUUGCUUCUACAAUUUGUCAUUCUUGUUUGUUUAACCACAGCCCUACUGGGCAUCAGACUCCCCAAAAGCUUCUUAAUCGCCUUUGUUAGGUCUGCAAGUAUUUUUUCUCAAGGGCUUUGGUUUAUUUUAACAGGGUACAUGCUUUGGACCCCUGAAUUUAUACCGAAAGGCUGCUUCAUACACAACGACGAUGGUCACCGAGUGGUUCAAUGUCAUACAGAGGAGGCUUUACAGAGAGCUAAGUCACUUGUAAACCUUGCUUUCAGUUGGUUUUUGGUUGGUGUCACUGUAUUUUCAGUGUCUUUGUAUGUGGUUUUAGAUAGAAUUAUUGGAGAAAAUAAAGCUGAGUAUGCAACAUUGAAAAGAGAAGAUGAACAUUCCGAUGAUAUUGAGUCACAGGAGGACACAAAGUUUGGUGCUUUUAAGAGUUUUUAUUGGUAUAAAAAAUGGUGGUUCUGCAACAACUGAAUGUUGAAAGGUAGAACGGAGAAGAUGAUGAGUAAAAACUUAGAUUAUUUUGUGUUGGCUUAAAGAAAAAACAAUGGAUGGCUAGCUUUGGAAGCAUUUAGCCUUUGGGCUUGACUGUAGAUAAAGUUUGUUAUAUACAAAAAUUACGUGUUUUAUUUCGUAUUUGUAUCUACUAAUGAUUAUAAGAAUUUGUAUAAAAGAAUUUAUAUAGAUAAUUAUAAGAUUUUCUUUAUAUUAAA